GGCUGAUAGGCUCUCGAGUUUCGCGCCAAAAAAGUGUAAAUCACCACUAUUGCUUCUUGUGCUCCGUAUUUUAAGUAACAAUAACUGACUUUCUGGGAUACCGGUAUCCUUUAAUAAUGAACGCUUAAAUAGGAAAUAUUGAGUAUAUGAAAAGUUCAUUCAUAAUUAGACUUAUCUAAUAUAAAGAAUUAAGAAAUAGGAUACGACUGCCAGGUGUUAGGCAGUAGUCAGUACAAACGUAAGCAUUAUAUAUUACGUGUUGCAAAGUAUUAGAAUAAUCUUAAAUGGCUAGUGUACAGUCUGGAAUUCCAUUCCGUCAGCGUAAAAGGACUGGUAUAACAGAUGUUAAAAGGAAAUCAAAUUUAGAGAAUGAAAAUCUUACAAAUAUUAAACCACAAAAAAGACGCCUUUCAAAAACCUUAAAGGCUUAUGAUAAUGACUGUACACCAAACAAAGUUGGCAGAUUAAACAGUAUUACUAAUGAAUUAAACCAGAGCUUUGAAGAUGACACAUUACUUGAAAAGCCAAUUUCACCUUUGAAGAGGUUGACUAGCCGAGAGAAAGAAAUCGAAUUUCUAGAGAACUUUUUGAUAGAUCAUCUUGACAAUGAGAAAUCUGCAUCAUUAUAUAUAUCUGGACAGCCUGGUACUGGGAAGACAGCCUCUUUGUCAUAUAUUUUACAAUUAGACAAGAUCAAGCAAGGAUUCAAACAAGUAUAUAUCAACUGUACUAUGAUGAAGUCAGCUUCAAGUAUUUACACACGGAUAUGUAAUGAGCUGCAUAUAAAGACUUCGGGGACAACAGAGAAAGCGUGUUUGACGGCUAUUGAAAAGUAUUUUAACAAAAAACAUAAAAUGAUCCUCCUAAUACUAGACGAAAUAGAUCAACUAGACAGUAAGAGGCAAUCUGUAUUAUACACAAUAUUUGAGUGGCCAGCUCAGGACUAUGGGAUAGUGCUUGUGGGUGUUGCGAAUGCCCUAGACUUAACCGAGAGAACAUUGCCUCGGUUACAAGCCAGAUGCUCUUUGAGGCCACAAACAUUGCACUUCGCUCCGUACACAAAGGAGCAGAUAAUCAAUAUUUUCACCGAAGUCUUGGCUAGUGAGGAUCGGACUAAUGUGUUUUCGGGACCGGCUUUGCAGUUGUUAGCAGCUAAAAUAGCAGCCGUAUCGGGCGACAUGAGACGAGCUUUAGACAUCGGUCGACGGGUCGUAGAACUCGCCAGACGAAAUAAAUUUGGAGAAAGUAAAUCUGUUGACGCCAUGUUAAGUGAUUCCACGGUUACUGUUGAACUAAAGCAAGUGUUACAAGUACUCAAUGAUGUCUAUGGCGGUUCGAGUAAAAUUAACACAGAGGUCGGAGACCAAAUGCCAAUGCAACAGAAGUUAAUACUCUGCAGCAUCAUCAUGCUGAAGGGCAAGAAUAAAGAAAUAUUGCUUGGGAAGCUGCAUGAUGUUUAUAAAAAGGUGGCCACAUCUCGCAACAUAGCCUCAUUGGAUCUCAGUGAGUUGUGUAGUGCCUGUGGGUUAUUGGAAUCGCGUGGGGCUUUACGAAUCAUCGGAACUGGUGGGGCAAGAUCCCGAAAACUUAGACUUAACUGGGACGAGACCGAGUUAACCGCAGCUCUCGCUGAUAAACCUCUAAUGGCAGCUAUAUUAGCGGAUAAGACUCAUUUCUCGUAGUGUACGCUCAUUGCGUAUACGUACGUUUAGUACGUACUAAUAAGCGAGCGUUCAAGUAUUACGUCACGCAAUUUUUGGAAAUUUUUAAACCCCCCCCCCUCUCAUGUAACGCG